AUGUCGCAGAGUGCCAUGUCCGAGACCUACGUGUCUCAGAACAUCUUGUAUUUUGAGGAACUCUCUGAAAGUGGUAAAACCAAUUUCCUGUUUAAGUUCUUGGUCAUAGGAAAUGCUGGAACUGGAAAAUCCUGUUUACUACACCAAUUUAUUGAAAAGAAAUUCAAAGAUGACUCAAAUCAUACUAUAGGAGUGGAAUUUGGUUCAAAGAUCAUAAAUGUUGGUGGUAAAUAUGUAAAAUUGCAGAUAUGGGAUACAGCAGGACAAGAGAGAUUCAGGUCUGUAACGAGGAGUUACUAUAGAGGAGCUGCUGGUGCUUUGCUUGUCUAUGAUAUAACCAGCCGGGAAACAUACAAUGCGCUUACUAAUUGGUUGACGGAUGCAAGAAUGUUAGCAAGUCAAAAUAUUGUGAUAAUACUGUGUGGAAACAAAAAGGAUCUUGAUGCAGAUCGUGAAGUUACUUUUUUAGAAGCAUCCCGGUUUGCACAAGAAAACGAGCUGAUGUUCUUGGAAACAAGUGCACUAACGGGGGAAAAUGUUGAAGAGGCAUUUGUACAGUGUGCAAGAAAAAUACUCAAUAAAAUUGAAUCAGGAGAACUGGAUCCAGAAAGAAUGGGCUCAGGUAUUCAGUAUGGAGAUGCUGCCCUGAGACAGCUGAGAUCACCACGUAGAGCACAAGCACAAAGUGCUCAAGAAUGUGGGUGUUAAAGAAACAAACCACAAAAUCUCAAAUACUCACUUUACAUACAGAAGCUCUCCUUGCAAAUGGUGUUUGAAGAAACAGAAAAGCUUGAAGGCUGUGCAGUUUUUAAAAACAUCUUUCCGCUAUCUACAAACAGAGCAGACAACUGCUGACAAAAAGGUGUACCGUGUGGUAUGGAGCAGCAAUGUUCAUGUGACACAACAGUCUGCGAAGUGAACUUGAUAAUUUGGUGGACUCAUAUCUGUAUGUAAACAUUUUCCAUUACCUAUUUUUGUUCUUUCACCUCUAGUUUAAAGCAUUGCUAUAUACUGUAAAUAAUGUAACAGUAAAUUUACAAAGCAUGGUAUACUUACUUAUGCUGAUAGAAUGUUGCACUACAAGCAGUUUAAUAUUUUAUUUUUUUAUCGUAUAAACAAAUUUAACUAAGGUAGGCUUUGUCACGUUUGUUUGUUGCACAAUAGUUUAUAUUUAUGACCUGA